AUGUCAAGUAUCUACAAACUAUCAAUAAAAGGGAUUAGAGCAUUUGAACCAGAAUCAGAUGAGACUAUACAAUUUGGGUUUCCUUUAACUUUAAUUUGUGGUCAAAAUGGUUGUGGUAAAACUACAAUUAUAGAAUGUUUAAAAUAUGCAACUACAGGUAAUUUACCACCAAACUCAAAAGGUGGAGCGUUUGUACAUGAUCCAAGUUUAAGUUCUCGUGUUCAAACUACCGGUCAAGUAAAAUUAGCUUUCAAAGAUGCAAAAGGAAGAUCAAUGAUUACAACAAGAACAGUUCAAGCUAGUAAUAAAAAUACCAAAAGUGGAGCAGGUGCAGGAAAUGUUACAUUUAAGACCUUAGAAGGUCAAUUAGCUUCUAUUGAGCAUGGACAAAAGAUCAGUAUAUCAUCAAAGAAUGCGGAAUUAGACUCACAAAUUCCCGCAUUUCUUGGAGCAUCACCAGCUAUAUUAGAUAAUGUUAUAUUUUGUCAUCAAGAUGAUAGUUUAUGGCCAUUAAGUGAAGCAUCAGUAUUGAAAAAGAAAUUUGAUGACAUUUUUGAAGCUUCAAAAUUCACAAAAGUCAUUGAUAAUUUAAAAACUAUUAGAAAAGAUAUGGCAGUUGAUAUAAAAUUGAUUGAACAAAGUGUAAAUCAUUUAAAAGUUGAUAAAGAUCGUGCAAAAAAGAUUAAAGAACGUUUAACGGGAAUGGAAGAAUCAGCAAAUAUUUUUGAAGUUGAAAUUAGUGAUUUAAGUCUUAGAAUUGUAGAAAAGCAAAGAGAAGCUGAUAAUUUAUUUGCUACUAACCAAGAAUUUCAAAAAAUUUUAAGUGAUUACGAAAAUUUAUUAAUGAAAAAAUCUUCAUUAGAAGAUAACAUUUCAAACUUGGAAAAAACAAUUGAUAUACUACCAGAUACUAACGAAGAAUUAUAUAAUAAACAAGAAAAUUUUGCAUCUUUAGUUGAUGAAAAAAAUAAUUCGAUCGAAAAAUAUCAAAUUGUUGGUAAAGAUUUAGAGUCUGACUUGAAAGUUGAAACUAAUCAUUACAAUGAAUUAAUUAGGUUGGACGGUUCAUUAAAAGCUAAAAAGGCAGAAUAUGAUGUUAAUGUUGAUAAAAUGAAUGAGGUAGUCUCUGAUAAUUCUGAUAAAUUAAAAGUAGAAUUGACACAAGAUGAUUUAACCAACAGAGGUAAUUUCAAAAAUGCUCUUGAAAAGCAAAAUACUCAAAUUCAAAAUAGUCAAAAAGAAUUGGUCCGUCAAAACAAGGCAAAUGAAUCUGAAAAGCAAUCACAACUUCAAGAAACUAUCAAUUCCAUUUUGAAAGAAGAACAAAAUUUAGAAUUUGUCAAUAAUGAUUUACAAAAGAAUAAACAAAAUUUAUAUGUUUUAAAGAGAAAAUUAGAUUCGAGUACAAAUGAUGAAUCAGAACUUAUAGCCAAAAAGGAAGAAUUAACUCAAGCAACUCAGGCAUUAAAUGAUAAAAAAUCUAAAAAUGAAUCAAAAGAUCUUGAUAUAAAAAUGAUGGACUCAAAUACAGAAAUUUCAAAAUUAGAAUUUGAAUUAGAUGAAAUUUCAAAAAAAUUACUGACUAGUAAUAAGCAAUCAGAAUUAAGAUCGAAAUUGACGUUUUUAGAAGAUUCAGUGAAAACUAAAAAUGAAGAAAUUGUAAAAACUUUGCAAAAAUUAAAUGAUGAUUAUAAAUUAUUGAUUGGUGAAGAUAUUGAAAUUGAAUUAGCUGAAGCUAAAUAUAAUGAUAAAUUUUCAGAACUUUCAACUGAUGUUGACGAUCAACAAAAGAAAGUCUUUAGUGUACAAAGUGAGCUAGAAUCAUUGAAAAGUUCAAGAGUCAAAAUAGAUAAUGAUAGAUCUGAAAAUGAUGCUAAAAUAUCCUCUUUGAAAGAUGAAAUUACCAAAGUUAUUGAUGAUGAUAAUGUUGAUGCAUAUGAAAGUAUUGUUCAAGAAUUGGAAGAUGAUUAUAGAAAUGUUACGGAAGACGUCAAUACAUUUGAAGUUACUAAAAGUUAUGGUCAAUCUGCAAUUGAUAUGGCUGAAAAAAAUAAAUGUUGUUUAUUGUGUAAAAGAAUGUUUGAUAAUCCAGCUUUGAAAAAAUUUAUUGAAGAAUUGAAACAAGGGUUUGAUGAAUCUAAAAUUCAAGAAGUUAAAUCAAGGGCUGAUGAAAUUGGUAAAGAACUUAAUGAAGUUAAAAAAAUUGGAUUAAAGGUUAUAACUUAUAGAGAAUGUGUUGCAUUAAAACCUACAUUUGAUAAUCAACUUGUCGAACUUAAUAAUAAGCAAAACGCUUUGAACGACACCCUUAAAAAAGAAGUUAAAAAACUUGAAAACUUAAAAGCGUCCUUUGAUUCAGCUUCAAUAUUGAAAAAGCCUUUAGCAGAUGCAACUAGAUUAAAUUUAGAAGUUCAUGAUCUCGAUUUACAAAUUGAUGAUCUUAAUGAUGAUCUUGGAGGUUUUGGAACUGCUGUAGCUUCAAUCGGAGAAUUACAAAAACAACAACAAGAUGCAAAUACAAAAAUUAGAGAUUUAAGACAUGAUUUAAAUGCUUCAAUGGAAGAGAAAAAUAAACUUCAAAGAGAGUUACAAAAGUUGGAAAAUAAAGUCAAAGAUACUAAAUUAAUCAUAAGUAAUCUCGAAAGAUCAUUAGCUGAUGUGCAAAAUAUCAAAAAAAAUAUUUCUGAUUUGGAUUCAACUAUCUCAAACGAUGAAACAAAAUCAAAUGAACUUCAAUCAAGUUUGAAAGAUAGAAAAGAUAAAAAAGAUCAGCAGUCUCAUGAAUUAAAACAAAUACAAGAUGAAAAUAAUAAGCAAGAAUAUAAAAUUCAAAAGGAAGUACAAUUUUUCUCAGACUUGCUAUCCAAAUUCUCAUCACUUGAUAAUGCUAUAAAAGGUUUUGAAAUGAAUGUAUUAUCAAAACUUCAAGAGAAUACAUUACAAAUGGAAAAAGUUUUAAAAGAAUGUGAAUCAAUCAAAUCAAAAAUUACUGAUAAUUCAAGUACCAUCAAAUCAUUAGAGAAAGAAGUCAUGGAUUCUUCACGUAUUAAACAUAAUAUAAUGGCAAAUAUCGAUUAUAGAGCUCAAGUAAGUAGAUUAGAUGAAACAGAUUUUCAAUUGAAUGCAUUGGAUAUUGAUAAUGCACAUUUGAAAAAACAAGAAUAUCAAGAAAACUCAAAUAAAAUUAGAGGUGAACUUACCGAUUUAAAUACUCAACAUGCUGGUAAAGUUGGUGAAGUUAAACAAAUUAAAGAUCAAAUUGCAAAUAUGAAUAAAGAAUUAGCAACAGAAUAUAAAAACGUCGAUAAUUUACAUCGUGAAGAAUGGAUUAAAUUACAAACUAAUUUAUUAGUUUCAAAUGAUAUACAAAAUUAUUCAAAAGCUUUAGAUAAUGCAAUUAUGAAAUUUCAUAGUAUUAAAAUGGAAGAUAUAAAUAGAAUCUUGAAUGAAUUGUGGUCUCAAACUUAUAAAGGUUCAGAUAUUUCAACAAUUGCAAUAAAAAGUGAUGUUAAUUUACAAGCAAAAGGUAAUAGAUCAUAUAAUUAUCGUGUUGUAAUGGUUAAAGAUUCAAACGAAUUAGAUAUGAGAGGUAGAUGUUCUGCUGGUCAGAAAGUUUUAGCAAGUAUAUUAAUUAGAUUAGCAUUGGCUGAGUGUUUUGGAGCAAAUUGUGGUAUGAUUGCAUUGGAUGAACCAACAACAAAUUUAGAUAAUGAAAAUGCAGAAGCAUUAGCUGCAGCAUUAAAUAAAAUUAUUGAAUAUAGGAAACAACAAUCAAAUUUUCAAUUAAUUGUUAUUACUCAUGAUGAAAAAUUUUUAACUCAUAUUCAAGGUGAUAGGUUUACUGAUCAUUUUUAUAGAAUUGAAAGAGAUGAAAAAAGUAAAUCAAGAAUUUAUUCGAUACCAAUUAGUAGAAUUCAAGAAUUUUAG